UAUACGUCGUCGUGUAAGACAGUCCUUCCCUGGGCGCCCAACUUUCAGUCCCGGUGAGUGAAACGAAGGUUCGAUAAUGGCGCCCCACGAUCUACGCCGUCCGUUCAAACGGCCGGCGAUAUCAGACCAACAGAAAAGGCGAGAUCUCUCUUUGCUCCGGCAGGCUCAGAGCCGUCGUGAUGCUCAGCACCAAGCGCGCUGUUUGGCCUCCACCGUCCUCUCUUUCCCUACCCAGAACUCGGAACCUGUACCGGAGCCUCAAGCCGUGGAGGAAAUCGAACUCGUGCCCGAACCUGAACCGAUAUAUGAAGAGUCCGAGCCGGAACAGCAAGCUAUUGAUAUUGAUGUUCGUCAGGCGUCGAAGCUCAGAGGAGCUGAAGCUCGUCGGUGGUUUGCGAAACAGCUUAUGCUUCCUGAGUGGAUGAUCGAUCUUCCUGAUCGCCUAGACCAGGAUUGGUAUAUAUUUGCAAGGCCUGCUGGAAAACGAUGCUUCGUUGUCUCAUCAAAUGGAGUGACAGUCAGUAGACUACGCAAUGGGUCUCUCUUGCAUCGGUUUCCUUCUGCUCUACCCAAUGGAGCCAAGACCAAAGAUAUAUCUCGAUCUGCUCAAUCAUAUUGUAUACUUGACUGCAUAUUUCAUGAGUUGGAUCAAACAUACUAUGUGAUUGACAUGGUUUGCUGGGCUGGAAUCUCUUUCUAUGAAUGUACUGCUGAAUUCAGAUUUUUCUGGUUGAACAACAAGCUUGUUGAGACAAGGGCGUGUGAGGCUCCCUCAGUUUUCCAUAAAUUCAGAUUCAGUCUGGUUCCUGUGUACAACUGUGACAAAGAAGGGUUUCACAUAGCUUAUACAGGGGCAGUACCAUAUGAAAAGGACGGUUUAUUGUUCUAUAACAAGCAUGCGCAUUAUCAAACAGGAAAUACACCUCUGGCAUUAGUCUGGAAGGAUGAGAAUUGUAGUAAAUAUGUUAUUGACACAGAUAGUAAAGGACACGUUCCACAUCAACAACAGGUGGUGCUGGAACUACAAGAUGAUGGGAAACUCACAGCAUCUGAUGAUCCCCCAGUUGUAUUUGGAUGCUUGAAUGGGGAUUUCAUACAAAAGACAGGGCUGCAUUCUGGAUAUCUUCUGCGUUUUACUGUUAAUGAAGGAGGAUUAAGGUUUGUGGAUGGAAAACUAGAAAAGGCUGAUUUGCAAUACCUAGGAAAAGCCAAUCGUGCACGUGCUUUUGCAGAUAGCUUCUCUAAGAUUAUGUUCCAGUAUAUGGCUCGUUAUUCCCCUCUCACAGUAGAACAUCUGCUCGCGUCCAUUAGCUCAUCAAAUGAACAAGAAAAUGGAACUCGUGAUCUGGAGAUGUCUGGUUGAUGACCACAGCUAGUGACAAUUAUGAAGUUUGCUGUUUUGUUCUCGGUCUGCUUAAUGUUGAAUGAUAUCGUACCAAUAGUUCAUAAUGUUCCUGAAGGCAUGUGGGGUUUCUGAGGCAACACAAGCACUGUUUCUUGUCAGCUUUGGGAAUUUGGUAUGAAAAUUAAGUGCUGGUAGAUGCAUUAUUGGUCUUUAACCAUUGCAAAUAGGUUUUUUUUGCUUGCUGCUUUUUGUGUGCAUAUUGGAGGAUCAAGAGUGACCGAUCAUUGUAGCCUCAUGCUGGGCAAGAGCAAGAAUUGUAUGCUUCUAUCCAGAAAAGCUUGCUUACUCUUAAUUAUGUAAAAUCUUAUGGAAGCAUUGGAAACUGUUACUAUCUAUUGUUCUAGUAUUUGUGUAUUUGUACAUGUACUCAGCUAUGUGAUUGGAACCUUUAAGUCCCAUGUGCAAAGCUUGUGGACUAAGCCAUUGGCUUAG